AUGGAGAUGAAGCUCAUGGCUGCUCUUGCUAUCUUCACUGCACUAUUAUUCACGCACCACCUCCCUCUCGCCAUUGCUGACCACACAAGAGCCUUCUCCAACAGCUCGGCCGCCGCUUUUAGCCUCCCGCUUUUCGCUAAGCAGGGCCCUGGCCACACCGUUCGUCGCGGCACCGACGGCUUUCUCUACUUGGAGCACAGCCUCAACAUCACCAGCAUUGGCCCGGAGGCCAACGUUCCACACGCGACGGAAGUCCAUUUCGGCACCGAUGAUGGGAGACGGAAGCUCCUCCUCGAGGUUGACGGCACGGCCCCGAUCACAUGGAUCCAGUGCCGGCCGUGCCAUCCGGUGGCCACCCAAACCGGCCCCCUGUUCGACGGGGAGCUCUCGCCGACCUUCCAGCAUGUCGACUUCCGAGUCUGUACGCCGCCGUUCGUCCCCGAUCCCAUCAUUCAUCGGUGUCGCUUCGAGCUAUCUAGCCCGAGGGUCUCAUUGGUCAAAGGCCUCGUCUCCGUCGACGAGUACACCAGGGAAGACGGCCAUGUCUUAACGAGGUACUUCUUCGGGUGCGCCCACGAGACCUGGCACUUCGACAACAUCAACACGUACGCCGGCAUCCUCGCCUACAGGGAGUUCGCGGCGCAGGCGGCGGCGCACGGGCUGGCGCGCGCCUCCUACUGCCUCUUCCGGGAGCCGAACCGCCAGGGCUUCCUCCGGUUCGGAGCCGACGCCGACAUCCCGCGCCACCCGCACUACCAGACCACCAGGAUCCUGCCACCACCGAAUGACGACGGCGCGCACGAGUCGGCGUACCACGUGAGCCUCGUCGGCGUGAGCCUCGGCGGGCGCAGGCUCGCCGGGGUGCGCCCGGAGAUGUUCGCCCACCGGAAGGACGGCCGUGGGCAAGGUGGGUGCAUCAUCGACAUCGGCACGCCGCUGACGAUCAUGGCCCGGGAGGCGUACCGCGCCGUCGAGGAGGCUGUGUGGUCGGGCCUCGAGCGCCAUGGCGCGGCGAGGGUCGAGCGGGCCGGUUACGGCCUCUGCGUCCGGGCGACGGAGGCGAUCAAGGGGCACCUCCAGUCCCUGUCGCUUCACUUCGCCGGGGAGGAAGAGGAAGCGACGCUCGUAGUCUCGCCGAAGCACCUGUUCUUGAUGGUGGAUGACAAACGAGCAGGGCAGGUUGCGUGCCUCGCCAUGGUGCCGGGACGCCGGACCAUCAUCGGCGCGUUGCAGCAGGUGGAUACGCGGUUCGUGUAUGACCUGAAGGAGAACAAGGUUUCCUUUGCACCGGAGUCGUGCAUCCAGGACACUAUUCCGGUCAUUUGAAUAAUCAUCCGUCUGUAACUACUCUCCAAAAUAAAGUCUAUCACUUUUCUUCUA